AUGAACUCAAAGCCUAGCAUCACGAUCGACCCGUCUCACAAGCAGGCUCCCACACGAGAUGGGUCGACAACGACAUUGAAGCAACAUCUUCCCUCGGCCAAAUCGAGUCAAUCGCAUCCCGCACAGGCCGCGACGAGCGACAGCAAUGCCAAACUCUUCUUCGUCGGCACUGCCACCACCAUCCUAGAAUGGCAGGGUAUUCGAUUGAUGACGGACCCGAACUUCCUCCAUGCUGGGGACCAUGUGCAUCUGGGCCCAGGCGUCACGGCCACGCGCCAGACCAACCCGGCCGUGGAUCUACAUGACCUCCCACAUAUCGAUCUUGUCUUGCUAUCCCAUUACCACGCCGACCAUUUCGACCAGGAGGUCGAGGCCUCGCUGCGCCGUGACCUGCCCAUCAUCACCACGCCGCACGCCCACACACAUCUGACGUCCAAGGGCGAAGGAGAAUCGUUCACAGCCGUACACGCCCUGGAUGCGUGGGAAGACAUGUUCGUCAACAUCAUUGACAGAAACCCCACCCCGAGUACCACUGCGGCCUCUUCCUCCACGCCCACCUCACGGUCGCGACGACCUUGCCUACGCGUGACAGGCAUGCCCGGGAAACACGUUGGCGACGGUCUCCUGUCCAAAGCCAACGACAUUCUCGGCGCAGUGCCACCGACCAACGGCUGGAUUCUGGAACUCGGACACUCCCUCUCCGCCGACGCAGACACCAGCCUAGCAGAGUCGGAAGCGUUUCAUUGCGGCUACAGAAUCUAUAUUUCGGGAGAUACGCUGUACGUCAAAGAUCUGGAGAAGAUCCCCGAGCUGUACACGCACGCGGGCAAGCCUAUUGAUCUGAUGCUCAUCCAUCUCGGCGGCACGACGAUUCCCGGGCCACACAUGCCGUUGAUCAUGGUCACCAUGGACGCGAAGCAGGGUGUCCAGCUGGUGAAGCUGGUGCGGCCGGAUCUGACGAUUCCUAUCCACUAUGAUGACUACGACGCCUUCCUCUCACCGCUCUCCGACUUCAAAACUGAAAUGUCCCAGGCCGGCCUCGACGACAAAGUGGUCUACCUUGAUCGCGGCGAUGAAUUCCAAUUCUCCGUGCGAGACCCGUAA